AUGUCAUUCAUCUCGGCGCCAAGCCCUGAGCCAGACCUCCAUAAGUUGCUUUUGUCCGAAGAUCCAGACGAUGCCUUGGACAAGAGACUUGAAGACCAUAUUACAAUGUCUCUGUGGUCUACCCAACAACAUCACAAUUCUGCGGCCUACUUUCUGUAUUUCAGGGAAGAAUGUGAGGCGUGGAGACUUAGUGGCAGCGCCGUUGCCAUCCAAACAUACCAAGAUUUCUUGGAUCUAGUCGAACAUUUGAAGCGAACUCGCAAUGAAAAGCGCUCUGCCCCUGCUGUCCUUGAUUUCUUUCCUCCUUUACGGGCAGCCGAUGAUGAGAAAACGCCAACGCCAUCUCUUACAGAGGAAUGUACUUCUGGGCAGCUACACUGGUCGUUGAGACAUCGCUUCCCGCGUUGUGAUCUAGUCUCUGCUACAAAUUCCAUCUUCUUGACUGUACGUCUCUGGCUAAUGCUGAAUGUGGGGUCUUCGGCCAACCUCACUCUCUUUCCCGGAAGAUCGAGCCCUGAAUGGAUGGAAGACCAAAGUCUUGACAAUUUUAUUGAUUCGUGCUUUCCUGUUUCUGAAUGGGGUCCUAGGCUGUCACAAUGGCCAUUCUCCCUAAACGCCUACAACCUGGAACGCGUCGGAGGAUUCGAGCUCGUCUGGACUGACCAUCUGGCUGACCACCUCUACCUGAACGAAGAUCUUGGCACUAUCAGCAUCUACCACCAUGUCCAUGUCCUACGUGGUCUUCUCCAGGCUAAGUCACCCAAUCAAGCGCUUCCAGAUCGGCUGCUCACAGAGACCCUCCAAACGCUCGCUCUCAUCAUCCCUCGGGCGAAUCGAGACUGCAAAACUUGGUUCGAAAAGGUGCACAACAAAUACGCAAAAUACGCGGAGAACAUCGACCACGGAGCCGGAGACGUCGAGCUGCUGCACUGGGCCCGCUCAACGGAAAAGUACAAGUUCUGGGGCCAACGUUUGAUCACGAUUAAAAUGGCGUAUGAUGCUUCGGAGCCCAAGAACCUGGGACAGUGGUGGCGUGAUAGACGAAGGAGGGUGGAGUGGUACACAUUCUGGGUUGCGGUUCUGGUCGUUUUCUUGACCAUUGUCUUCGGACUGAUUCAAUCCAUCACUGGUGUUAUGCAGGUCUACUACGCGGCACAUUCCGGGCAGUCGCCAUAG